AUGAACCUCUCACUCAAGCUGCCAACUUCAGAGGAAAUGGCUCCCGAGGAGUUUGAGGGUGGGAUAGCAGUGGUUUGUGUGAUCUUGGGCCUGUCCUUCUUGGUCGGCGCUCCGGGGAACCUGCUGGUGAUCUGGACUAUUCUAAAACACGUUAAGAAGCGAUCCCACACUGUGGUUCUCAUCCUGCAUUUAGCCGUUGCUGAUCUGCUGGUCCUCAUCACCCUGCCUCUUUGGAUCUACUCUCUGGCUCAUUCCUGGGUGUUUGGAGAGGCCUCGUGUAAGGCCAUGGUGUUCAUGAUAAAUGCCUGUAUGUACAGCAGUGUUUUCCUCAUCACCCUGAUGAGUGUGGAGCGCUUUUUAGCUGUGCGGUAUCCUUUUGCUUCCGCUGGCUGGAAGAGGAAAAAAGCAUUGAAUAAGGUCCUGCUGGCUCUGUGGACAACAGCGUUGUUGUUCAGCAUUCCUGUCAUCCCCACACAGGUGUUAGGAGAGGAUUCAGGUGAGGAGCACUGUCUCUACCGGCUCUACACUUCUCCAACCCAGGAGCUGGUGUGUUUGCUCUUGGAAACACUAGUGGGGUACAUUUUACCUUUUGCCAUCCUGGUGAUCUGCUAUGGCUGCCUGUUCAGCCGGAUCACUCAGAUGACCUUCAAGUCGAAGCGCAAGUCCACCAUCCUGAUUGCCAGUGUGGUGGUGGUGUUUGCCAUCUGUUGGACUCCUCACCACAUCGGUAACAUCCUCUCACUUGUCAUCCUGGCCAUGGGAGAGUCCAACCCUGAAACAGCUAAUGUGGAAAGUGCCAGGAGCACCAUGAUCUUUAUCGCUGGAGCCAUGGUCUUCAUCAGCAGCACCAUCAACCCCAUCCUCUACAUGUUUGCAGCUCGCUCAUUCAGGACUUCGUUACGUGACACAGGCAUCCAGAAGCUGUUCAACCACAUCUCCAGCACCUCCCCAGGGGAGGGCAACAGAGAGUUGUCCUUUGUGUCCAAGAGACACAGCAACCAGACCAACAGCUCACAGUGUUUGUCUACAUCAAAAGACCAAAUGGACAUAUUAGUGAAAAUGUGCGAAAAUAAUCCGUCCUGA